CUGCCUCUGGAUCCACGGGCAGAGGAGCCCGCAGAGCCUCGCAUCCUUCCUCAGCGGCUCAUCUCUAACCACGCAACCACCGUUUAAACGUUACAGCGACCCGUAAGAGGGGCAGCGCUGGCGGGCAGCGUCUUCUUGGGAGAAGAGACUUGGCACUAGAGACUUGGCGUCGAGCGCGAAGGGAAGCGGCAGGUGGAGGACAGGCUGCAGCAGCACCACGCUGAAACACCGCGACGCCGCACGGGGAGCAGAGCGGGGCGGGACGGGCUCGCAGCGCACCGCGCCACCCGGCCCCUCACCGCGGGGCGGGGGCAGGAGGAGCCCGGCGUUACCUGGCCCCCCGGCGCGGAGAAGUCCACCACGCCCCGCAGGUCCGACGCGUCGCGCUGCCGGUAGAAGCGAAAAAGCCGGCGGAAGGCGUCCUCCCCGCCCUCCCGCGUCAGGGCCGCCGCCGCCAUCUUGGCCAUGCCGCGGCGGGCGGUGCAGCGUACUGCCGGGGCGGGGCCGGCCGCCCGCUUCCCGCCGCAGCUCCCAAGAUGGCGGCGGCCGGUGCGGUGCGUGCCGCGGGGCGCCGCUCCAGGAGGCUCUUUGACAUCUUCGUGGCUGAGGUUCCCUGGACGGUGUCGAGCAAGGAGCUGAAGGAGUACUUCUCGCAGUUCGGGUCGGUGCAGAGGUGCCAGCUGCCGUUCGACAGAGAUACAGGCUUCCACAAACGUUACUGCUGGAUUAAAUUCUCGACUCCACAAGAGGUUCAGAAUGUGUUUCAGAAGGACUCCCACAUACUUGAAGGCGCCAAGCUCACUCUCAGACAGCAGUCCCGUAGAAGGCGCAGUCAAAGAAGGAGUCAAAGGGAGUGAGCGGUGGUAGAAGGUUUUAUUUCACUAAAUGUAAAGAAACUAAAAUAAAGAUUACUGAGAAACUAUGAA